GGCGAAAUGGCUGUGGUCAUGAGGUUCUUCCGAUGGAUUUGGCGAAAAUUUACUUGCUGGGUUUCCUUCUGGAAACACAAAGCCAAGCCAGCUAUUUCAGAAAGCCCUGACCCCAAGAAAACUGUACUGAAGGGAGUGGAGAAGACUCCCAAAUUGGUUGAGACUUUCAAGUUGGUUGAGGCUCCAAAAGAAGCCAAAUUCCUCACGAUGGAUGAAUCCCCCACGGAAACGGAUCCCUGCAUGUUAGCCACGACAACAGAUGGGGCUGGAGAAGAGCUGGACCAGGGGGGCCGAUCCCUGCUGCAGCUGCCCCGAUCAGCUGUCAAGUCCGUCUCCACACUCAUGGUCUCAGUGCUACAGUCUGGCUGGCAAAUGUGCAGCUGGAAGCCAUCUGUGAGUUCUACCUCAGUUGCCUCCCAGAUGAGAACCGGGUCCCCUUUGGAGUCUCCGGAGGCUGAGAUGCUGCGGGAAGUGUACCUGGUGCUGUGGGCCAUUCGGAAACAGCUGCGGCAGCUGGCCCGAAGGCAGGAGAGGCGUAGAAGGCGCCACAUCCGGGCCCACACUUGUACCCAGCCUGACUCAGUUAAGACCCUGAAAGAGGAUACCCGAAGUCCCCUCUAGGGGGGAUCCCUGUAUCCUCAGGAAGCCCCCACCUCACUCUUAGGUAAGGUUGAUGUGAGAAGUUAGGGCAGCAGGCCAGGAGUUGUGAGUAAGGAGUUUUCAUACUGUCACCUGCCAUUGGGAACUCUAGGCCGGGCCUGGGGUUCCACACGUUCCCCUUCAUUCCCUUUAUUCAAUUUGUAAAAUAUUAUCAAAGUGUUGGGAAAUAAAUAUCAGAUAUUUCGGAGUAAAUGGAGCGUGUGUCUGUGGAUGGCCAGAGGCAAUGAGGGGAACCUGGAUGGGACAUCUGAGGUGC